UCUCUCCAGAUCUAUGCAAACUCAUGUUCAGACCUGACGGACCUUCUUCCCUUCAAGAGCAAAAAGCAUGGCGUGGUCCACAGCAACGCUCGCUAAAGGCUGCUUUGGGAAAGUCUACCGGCAACAAUACAAAGGCACCUGGGCUGCAGUGAAGAAAGUCCCCCAACAUCUCAUCGAUCGGAAAGAUCUGGAGAGAGAAUGUGAAGUUUACAACAAAGCAGAACAUCCCAACAUAGUGAAGCUUCUGGGCAACAUAACGCUCACUGAUGGUAAAUGGAUUAUUCCACUGGAGUUUAUAUUUGGAGAGGAUUUGGAGACAACUAUCUUCCAGUCAGCAAAAUCCAAAAUACAGUUGACUCCAUCAACUAAAGUCACCAUCAUUAGCGGUAUGUGUGAAGGGCUGAUGCACCUCCACCUAAACGACAUCGUCCAUCAAGAUCUGAAGCCUGAAAACAUCAUGGUGGAACAUGCGACAAACAGAGCAGUCAUCAUCGACCUGGGACUGGCAAAGUUUUUCAGACAUGGCCUAAACUCGGCCAUAGACAUGGGGAACGAGGCGUACUCAGCUCCGGAGGUUCUCCGGUGGCGAAGCCAGCGAAAUCAGCGUUCAGAUGUCUGGGCCAUGGGGAAGAUCAUCGCUGAGCUCUACGCCCGGGUCCGGCUCCACACGCCCUCCGUCUGUCCUGCUAAAGUCAAGGAGGUCAUGCAAGGUCAGCCCUACUGCGACAUUGUGUGCAAGAUGGUGGAGCCGGACCCCGGAAACAGGGCCACCAUGGUUAGCAUCAUAGACGAAAUUCGAGUAACUGGAAGAACAGUUAUAGAAAGCAGUACACCACCUAAAAAUGUCCAAAACCUCCUAAAGCCACCAUCACGUGAACACGCCGCCAGACCCAGACCCAGAUCUGCAUCACCAAUGAAACCGAGGGGAAACCUGAUCAACAGGAAUCAGCUACCAGAAAAAAGAGACAAUAAAGGCCCAGAUCUACUGAAAUGGGAGCGGACACCCAGACCAGAAAUCAAACCUCUGCGUGGCCACAUUGGACUGCCCAAGCAUCCCGCCACAAAGCCGGCAGAGAACAGAAACAGACAAGAGGCUGCAGGUGGGACGGACAUCACGGCCCAACUCAUGAAGCUGAAGUUAAACCACGAAGCCGCGAAGGACCUUCCCAGUAGCUUACCGCAAACUGGAAAGGUGAAGGUCCAACGCGUUGAAAGGAAAAACGGGAAACUUGAAACGUGGGAGCAGACUGUGGUGACUCAGGACGGAAAGAUUAUCAAAUAUGAUGAUGUUAUGAUAAGCAGCACAUAAGACAUUCAGGGUUGAAGCUGUUAUUAUUGAGAUAAUCAUAACAGUAGAUUCAAAGGUCAGCCCUUCCAAUUAUUUGGAACAGUAAUUAAUCCAAAACUGUACAAAAUCUACACAUUUGUAUUUAAGAUAAAACAACAUUAUUUGUCUGUAAAUAUGUUCAAACAAGAACAUUUUAAAAGGGUGUUUUGACUUCACCUGGUUAAAAUAUAGUAAAAAACUAAAACUAAAACAUUUGAAAAAUCUUCCUUUAAGCAUCGUUUGCUACAUAGUUAUUAAUUGGUUAAUCAAAAGAAAGUCUCUACAUCAGUUUGCACUGUUUUGAUCUUAAGUUGAGCAGAAAAACCUGAGAUUUUCACAUCAAUGUUAGAAAUAUUUUUUAGCUGUGUUUGCCUCCUUUGCUACAAAUGAUUGAAUAUUCACUAGAGAUGGUAUGUUAUUGUAUUUUAGGCAAUAAAUUAUGUUCUUAUUUAAAAAGAAAUUGGAUUGUUUAUUUGUGUUUUAUAAUGUA